AUUCCACCCCUAAAAAAAAGGUAAACCUCUCACUCGAUUCCGGCACACACCCAUACGCGGCGUCGGCAUCCCCUAACCCUAUCGUCCACGGCGGCGCGCUCCGUAACCCGUCUCCUACAAUUGAUUGCUAGAGAGAAAGCUACAGGGGUCGAGUUGGAUGGCGCCUUCCACAUCCGAUCGAGAGCACAACGGUGAGGCGAGCAGCAGCGGGGCGGGCUCAAAAUCGAAGGAGAAGGAGCGGCCAAGGUCCUUUGACGAGAAGACCCGUACUGCGUGCUGGCGGAAGGCGGCGGUGCUGGCAGGGCGACACCCAGAGCGGUGGCGGCAGGACGCCGCUGGCAACGUGGUGUGUCGCCGCUUCUGGAGCUGCCACGGCUGCCUCUGCUAUGAAUACGACCACAUCAUUCCCUUCUCCAAAGGAGGGGAGUCUACUGUUGAGAAUUGCCAGAUCCUUCAGACUAGGGUGAACCGUUCCAAGUCUGAUAAAGCAUGGGUGGAGAAGGCAGAGAUGCAAGGCUUUUCCUGCGAUAUCAAGUUCACAGGCAAAACGAGAAUAGCCUUGGAAACCUUUCUUGAAGAGGAAUGCAAGACUGGUCAAUCUCCCAACGAUCAGACCAAAAUAGUACAGAAUCCCCUCUGCCAACAGUGACAGAGACAAGGAGCUUGAUGUAAUCGAGAUGGCAGUCUAUGGGGAUGUCAUUCGUCCUGGCAAACAAUGUCGCUGCAAGACAGUAGCUGAGAUGCUUGGACAGGUGAAAUCAAAGAAUCAAAUGGCUGCUUGCGACUUACCAACAUAAUGAUGCCUCCUAAUAUGAAGACCAUUUAGACCCAUGCCCUUCUUUCGGGAAGGGCAAUCAUUGUCAAACUGCUGAUUACAUUAUAUUAUUGAUCUCCAUUAAAUUGGUAUCAUUGUCUUCAGCACAAAAGCACACCUAUAGAGCAAUCUAAGCUCAUAAGUGCAAUUAUAUUGUGCUUAUCACUUGUCAGUGAUGCCUGUCAGAAUCUUGGAAUGUGACAAUGAACAUAUUUGACUGUAGAAUUAUUAACUUGAUAACACCACUUAUCAAGAGUUGUUUCAAGGUAUUGUGUUUGUAGUAA